UGCAUCAAAGAACGAUACGAACCUGCUCUGUUUGUUUGUUUUCACGUCGCUUUCUCAUUAUUUAAACAAUUCUUUUCCUACAAUCCAGUUUGUUGAUCCACAUCAACGGUCUUUCUCUCUCUAAAAUCAACCAUUCUCUCUCUCUCUCUAAAGCCCAAAUAUCUAUCUCUCUGGAUUAUCGCCUGCCUCCCAUGUCCAUUUCUAGGGCUUCGAGUCCUUUUCUUCUUCACUGAGUGAUCGAAGAAGAAGAUGAAGUGCUUUCAUUUUACUAAUGGCGAGAGGAGGGAGGAGGACGAGGACGGCGUCGUUUCGAGGACCUCCAAGGUCUCCUGGGCUCGCUCCUUCAGCGUCGCCUCCAGCAGCGUCGAUACCAGGCGCUCCGAGUUCGACUCCGAGUCCAGGGACUUCACUGACUCGCUCGGCUUCUACGAGUUCCUCACUCACCGCCGUGCCAACGAUCUGCGAGUUUUCACGUUCGCCGAGCUCAAAUCGGCUACGAGAGGGUUCAGGAGAGCUCUGAUUAUCGGAGAGGGAGGGUUUGGGUGUGUUUACAGAGGGGUUGUUAGGGUUUCCGAUAAGGAUAAUUGUCCCGAUUCGAAGAUGGAUGUCGCUAUCAAACAGCUCAAUCGUAAUGGUUUCCAGGGGCACAAGGAAUGGAUCAAUGAAGUGAACUUGUUGGGUGUAGUCAAGCACCCAAAUCUUGUCAAGUUAGUGGGAUACUGUGCAGAAGAUGAUGAAAGAGGGAUUCAGCGGCUCUUGGUGUAUGAGCUCAUGCGUAACAAAAGCUUAGAGGACCAUUUGUUGGCUCGGGUAGCAUCUCCUCUGCCAUGGAUGGCAAGAUUAAAAAUUGCUCAAGAUGCAGCUCGUGGUUUGGCUUAUUUGCAUGAAGAAAUGGACUUUCAGUUAAUUUUUCGUGAUUUUAAAACUUCGAACAUUCUUCUGGAUGAGGAAUUCAAUGCAAAGCUCUCAGACUUUGGACUUGCUAGGCAGGGUCCAGCUGCUGGACUAAGUCACAUUUCAACAGCAGUUGUUGGUACAGUAGGUUAUGCAGCCCCUGAAUACGUUCACACUGGCAGGUUGACUGCUAAAAGUGAUGUUUGGAGCUUUGGUGUGGUUCUCUAUGAGCUAAUCACCGGAAGGCGAGCAUUGGAACGAAAUUUGCCUCGGAGUGAGCAGAAGCUCCUGGAAUGGGUGAGGCCUUAUGUGUCAGAUUCGAAGAAAUUCCGCCUUAUAUUAGAUCCCCGACUAGAAGGGCAGUAUUGCAUCAAAUCAGCUCAGAAACUCGCGGCUCUAGCCAACAAGUGCCUCAUGAAACAGCCCAAAUCCCGCCCUAAAAUGAGUGAUGUAGUUGAGAUGCUGGGAAAUAUCAUUAGUAAGACACCAUUACAAGAUGAUGUUUUCCCCCAACCUGCCAAAGAAUCCGAAGAUGGCCAGGAAGAAACUGAAGAGGAAGCUGAACCAUGCAAAGAGGAGAACAAUCCCAGGAAAAGGGUUUUUGACUUAAAAGAAAUGAUCAGCUUGAGGAACAAAUCCAUUGGAAAGUUGGAUUGGAGAAAUUGGACACCUGGGAUAGUAAGAACAUGGUGAAUACACCAUGCAUCCACCCUUUUUCUACCUGGCAUUGGCAGAUAAAUGCAGUUAUUCAGAAGAUUUAUCCAGCGUCAAUUGCCCUGAAGAUUGGAGGCUUAUAUCUUUUGCUCUAUUUUUCUAUCAAUCUUGUAUAUACAGUGUGUUCAGAAAGCGGCAUUAAGCAUGCUUUUCCUUGGAACACAUAUUGGGAUGCAGAUUCUCUGUAUCAGAGGCAGAGAGACUGUAGAGAGGUGAUUUGGGAUUGGGAGACGGUGAGAAAACGGACAGAAUCCUGUGUUAGUUUGCUAGGUUGCCCCCGAGCUGUCGCUAUCUCCCUUCCGUCCCUGUCCCUUCAUUAAGUGGAUUGCAGUUAAUUGGCUCCCUUGUUUUCUGGGCACCAUUAGACAGCAAUUGUCAGCACCAAAAUUGGAAAACAUUUUGUCUACAGAUUUCUCAUACAGUCUACAGCCAACAUCAUUGAGAUGCUUCAAAUUCAAGUUGGAUGUGAACUAAUGUUGAUUUUUCAGUAAUGCUGUUGAAAGAAGGAAUAUUGGGGCUAUUGUAGAAAACAUGUUUACUGUGUAUCUUUUGUUGAAUUAAUGUAAAAAUUAGUAUCUAGGAACACCAGUUAAAAUUGA